CCGUAGUUUUACAUAAAAAAGUAGGUAAAUGGAUAAAAACUAUAAUUUGAGAUAAAGAUAGGUAUUAUUAAUUGUGGAAAACACUUUUUCUUUACUUUCAAUUGUAUCACAAGCUUAAGUAACAAUGAACAAUGCUGCACAGUUUUCGCUGCGAUGGAAUAACUACGUGAAUCACGUUACGGAAGCAUUCAAUUUAUUGAGGUUUGAAAAUGAUUUAGUAGACGUAACACUAUGUUGUGAUGGGGGUAAAAUAAAAGCUCAUAAAAUGCUACUCUCCGCCUGUAGUACAUACUUCAAGCAGAUAUUUAAAGAAAAUCCCUGUCAACAUCCCGUCAUUAUUCUAAGGAAUUGUAAGUAUGAGGACCUCAAUGCUAUCAUUAAUUUCAUGUAUCACGGUGAAGUCAAUAUUUUUCAAGAACAGUUGGAGUCUUUCCUUCUGACAGCAGAAUUUUUGGAAGUGAAAGGUUUAACAGACAAUGUGGAGGAGGAAUCUUCUAAAAGCAAGAUAAAAGUAAUCGAGAACAGUUCACUAGAUCUAAGUUCAAGGGCUAGCCGUAGUAAUGAGUACACUUCACCCAUGACGUCUGAUGAACCUAUUAAUUUGGCACCACCACAGAUUGCUAGAACUGAAUACAUUUCACAAGAGGAACAAGUAAAUAGCCAAGACCGUGACAAUAUCAUAAUAGAUGAACAGCAGGGCAUAGAAAUAGAAUCUGAUAAUAAAGCAAAGGGAACAUCCAAUACUGAUGAAAUGCAUGUUGAAAUGCAAUCUACUUCAGCUGAGGAUUUGUCUGACAAAAAUGAAUCAGAUAUGGCAAAAUUCAGAUGUCAGUUAUGCCCAAAAGGAUUCAAACACCCGACUUCAUUAACAUUACAUAAAGAUUCACAUGCCGGAAAAACUCAAUGUCCAGUUUGCUUACGAUCUUUCUCCCGUUCCUACGACAUGAGAAGUCACCUACAGAGGAUUCACAGAAGAAAACAGUUGACAAUCAAAGAAAUAAGAUACAAGACUGCUUCAGACAAUUUGGCUUCAAAGUCUUUUACACAUAACAUUUAGGUCAUUGGUGUUCUUUUGUAUUGAGAGCGUAAAGGCCUGACCUUAGCCUACCUUGUUAUAUUUUAUAGAAUUAUACAUAAUAUUAUAUAAAAAUAACAUAUUCUGUUACUUUUAAAGAUAGAUUAAAAUUGCUCAGUGAUAAAUCACUAUUUUUAUACUAGUCUUGUAUUAAAAUAUGUUUACAAAAACUA